CGGCCCGCACCGCUCGCCUCCCGCCCGGAAGCGGCGCGGCGGCCAUGAGCAAGAGGAACCAGGUCUCCUACGUGCGGCCGGCCGAGCCCGCCUUCCUCAGCCGCUUCAAGCGGCGGGUCGGGUAUCGGGAGGGCCCCACGGUGGACACCAAGAGGGAGCAGCUUCCACUUGCGGAUGAUGACAGCGACAACGGCAGUGACAGGGAAGAUGAACAGCCCCAAGUGGUGACACUGAAAAAAGGGGACUUGACUGCGGAAGAAGCAAUGAAAAUUAAACAGCAAAUCAAAGAGGCCUUAAAGUCAAAAGAAUCAGAUGAUGAACCAGAACCUGCUGAUGGAAAAAUUAUGUUCAGGAAACCAGCCAAACGUUCAUCAGAGAAGUAUUUGGACUUCAAUGUAAGUUCAAGUAAGAAGAUGAAAGAAGCAAAGAAAACUAAGAGGGAAGCAACUACUUCUCAGAGUACAGCUAAACAAGUAAAAAACAGCAGUCUUCUCUCAUUUGAUGAUGAGGAAAAUGAUGAUUAGGGGUUAUAUUUUUUUAUGCUUUACUUGCCCGUCUAGAGAUCUGAAUAACAUUGAGGGAUUUCACAGAAAUCAAAGCAUGGUGUCUGAGUCUUCUCUUUCUUUGUUAUAGUCCAACUAGAGAAAUACUGUAUAAAAUUAACAAGAGCUAAGUCUUUGCAUUUAGUUGGAACUGUAUGUCAUAUCUUUAUUUUAAAAGAGAAGCAUGUAUGUAAAAGCUAUUUGAGGUCACAAAUGAGUCACAAAAUAUAACUGUAUAUAUUCAGCUUAUAAAUUUUCAAUCAAUUUUAAAAUGCCCUCCAUUACUAAAAUGUAUUUCUUCUAUAUUGAGUAGCCUUAGUUGACAGCUGUGUGGUUUUUACCUGUUGUUACAAUUGACAUUCAAAAGAGAGACACUUCAUUGCCAUGAAACAGAGACUGAAGUUUUCCACCUCACAGCUUAACAAAAGUUUGCAUAACCUUUGCAUUUGUGAUUUGCAAGAUCAGCUCUUUGGAGAGCCUUGCAGUAAAUGAGGCUGCAUUUGCUAAAGUCAUGUAGUCUUGGUCCUGUCUUUGGUGAAUGCAGUCUAAGAAACAUCAAAUUCAUUUUAAUUGGUUGUGAUAGCAAGAUAUAAAGAUUUUGAUUCUAGUUGAUGACAUCAACUAAUGCAAAAGAAGCCUAAACCAUUGGAAAUUGUGCACUUUGGUUUUGACACUGAUGGACUCAGUGAUUUGGUGGUAUUUUGUUGGGGUUUUUUUAAGUAUAUUUGUUCCAGUUGACUACUUACGUGUUCAUAAUUAUUUGGGAUCUCAGACAGCUUGUUUAAAAAAUAUAUUUAAUCUUUAAGCUGUGGAAAAGCAUUAAUUUAGCUUUCUUCAAGUAGCUGGGAAGCUGUAAACAGGGAAUUAAAGUGAAGAAACACCAUAGCUAUGUGCAUCUUGAUUUGACAGUUUCUGGGACAGACACUCCAAAAUGAGUUACUGACCCUUUUAGUUUUAGCUGCUUCUCUCUCACCAAUAAGCAGAGAUGAAAGCAAGAGCAUAUAAGUGAAAAAAAUAACAGUUUAUUAAAAAUGAAACAGCAGCAGGCAGGAUAACAGUAAUCGUCACGAGAUGCAAAGGUGCUGAAUCGCAUGGACUGCUUGGGAAUGAAGAAAACAAGGUGGCAGAGAAACCCUCCCCAAAAAUGUUGGCCUCCAUGGAAGACCCCGUGGUUCAGGGGUCAAAGACAAGCUGAUGGGGAAGCCCCUUCUUCUGACCAUGUGGUGGAGAGAGAACAAAGGGAAAAAAACCACCACAGCAUCUGAAACUGUGUGAUUAUAAAAGUCCCUCUUCUCCCAAACAACAACCAAUGAGGACCAAGGACAAAACAGAAAGAAACCUGGACUUCAAAACCAGUGCAAUGCUGCUGAUCUGUUUGCUCCACAUCACCUGACAGGGUCUCUCUCCCGGCAGCGUCAGCAGCUCCAUCAACAGUGGCAGCUGGAACUGGUCAGGGCCUGGAACUCUGGAGGGACUUGGGCUCCUCCUCAGGAGAAGAUGGGAGGCAGAUGCCUGGGGCAGCCUGGACUCUGCGCCCUCCCGCUGCAGCCGAGCGCUGCUGGGGGGCUGGAGUGACCGUACGGAGCAGGGGCUGUUCUGUUUUUCCCAUUGUGGUGCCGUGGCUGGCCAUCCUGGGUGACAGCAAUGAAAAAGAAAGGAAGGAAUAUAGGUCUGAAGGGAAAGUCCUCCCUGGCCCAGAGACCAAAACAAAGGGGAGCUUCUGCCUUGUGCCGCCUCAACUUCUCAGUAGCUAGCAGGAAUGAAAGAAAGGCCUGUGUGAGUGCUGUGCUAAUUUUAAAGGAAAUCUGGCAUCUCCUGCCUCCAUGAACUUGGACAUGAACCUGGAACCUCUGGUUCUGCUUCUGAUGCCCCAGGUCUUAAAGGGACACUAACAAUCUUGGGCAGAUGGGCGUAGAAACAGAGUGCCUAUGUCGGCAUCUUUUCUGUUCAAAAGGACACUGAGAGCUGAUGGGAUUUGGGAGAACAAGGUGGUGGAACUGUGACUUGUGACUUCAAAAUUACAUGGAUGGUGUGUUCUGUAACCAUAUGAAACCAGUUCUGCUGCGUGACAGGACAUUAGAAAUUUUGGCCUGUAAAGCUUCAUCAUGGAGCAAAAUUCAAAUUGCUGUGUGAGACAGCUGGUUUUAGUUUGUUCAUCUGGUAGUAGACGAUAAAUUAUGUUUAUUUUUAAGUGGUCAAAGAUAUUUUAAUAAAAAUUUCAGUACAUGAAAUGAGA